AUGGCAGCCACUCUUACAGCAAUCCAUGUUAUCUGCAUCACUUAUCUGGUGGCAGUGAGAGGGGUGAUGGGGAGACUCUGUGAAGAAAAAGGAGAGUGCGGUCUGAAUGGAAUUUGCAAACUGGAUGGAGAUUCAUCCACUUGCAUUUGUCCUCCCGGAUUUCACUUAAUUGACACCAAAAAUGCUUCAAAAGGAUGCUUGCCAAACACUUCUCCGCAGCUGAACAAGUGCGGAGUAACCGCAACAAUGGAGUCGGUUGGGCACUAUGAUUGGUCAGGAAAUGAUUAUAAAAACUUAAACCCUAUCAACGAAACAGCGUGCGUGCAGGCAUGCCUGGAGGAUUGCUUUUGCACAGUGGCUAUCUACGCCAUUAUGGACAGCGUAGGGAACUGCUGGAAGAAGGCCUUGCCAUUGAUAGAUGGGAGAGCAAGCGGUACCAGAAGUGGGUAUAUAAAAGUGUAUGAAGAAUCCAGCCCUAAGCCACGAGGGAAAAAACGAGGGAUGGCGCUUGCAGCCGUUGGAAUAAGCCUGGUGGGCUUCUGCGUGGUCGUUGCAGCACUUUUCUUGGUGAUUUGGUUGUGCGUAUGGCGUCCCAAGCUUAGAUUUUUGCAGGAGGUGCAAACGUUUAAUUCUGAGGGGUUAAAAGCGUUUAGUUAUCGCGAGAUAGAAGUCGCCACUCAAGGCUUCAAACAAGUUCUGGGAAGGGGGGCCUUUGGAAAGGUUUACAAGGGCGUUUUACCUGAUGGAAGGCCAGUUGCUGUGAAGAUGCUCGAAAACGAUCUGAAACAAGGCGAUGAGGCUCACGUUGGCGAAAAGGAGUUCAGAACAGAGAUGAUCGCCAUUGGUUCAAGUCAUCACAAAAAUCUGGUUCAACUGUACGGAUUCUGUAACCAGGGUUCCAAAAGAAUUCUGGUGUAUGAGUACAUGCCCAAUGGAUCUCUCGAUAGGGUGUUGUUUCAUGGUGAAACUCAUCUUGAUUGGGAGCUGCGUGUUAAUAUUGCUCUAGGGACGGCCCGAGGGAUCUUGUAUUUGCACGAGGAGUGUAGAUACCAUAUACUCCAUUGUGAUGUAAAGCCUCAAAAUAUCCUGCUAGACGAAGGUUUUAAUUCUAAGUUAUCUGAUUUUGGCAUAGCCAAAUUGGUUGGAGCAGAUCAGACAUGGACGUUUACAGCAGCCCGUGGAACUAUAGGGUAUAUGGCGCCCGAGUGGCAGAGGGGCAUGGCAAUUACUGUAAAAGUAGAUGUGUAUAGUUUUGGAGUUAUGUUACUGGAAAUCAUUUGUUGCAGGAAAAUGGCCAAGGAAGAUGUUCCAGAAAAUGAGAACAUCCUGUCUGACUGGGCGUACGAUUGCUUGAAAGAUGGAGGGCUUGUAAAGUUAGUGGAGCAGCAGCAGACAAGUGGUAUAAAUCCAAGACAGCUGGAACGAAUGGUGUUGGUGAGUCUGUGGUGCAUUCAAGAUGACCCAUCUCUGAGACCCUCCAUGAAAAGGGUUGUUCAGCUGUUGGAAGGAACCCUGGAGAUUCCCGUGCCACCGCGUCCAGGGUUUUCUUCACAGAUUUCCCUCUCGUCCAACAUUGGUUUUUGA